AUGACAGGGCUUACCUCUUCUUCUUCUUCUUCUUCUUCUUCUUCUUGCGGUGCCUGCAAGUUUCUUAGACGAAAAUGUAGUAAUCACUGUGUUUUUGCUCCUUUCUUCACCUAUGAUGAAGCUACUUCCCACUUUGCUGCUGUUCAUAAAGUGUUUGGUGCUAGUAAUGUCUCCAAGCUUCUCUUGCACCUCCCCAUGCACAUCCGAAGCCACGCUGCGAUUACUGUUGCUUAUGAAGCUCUCGAGCGCAUGCGAGAUCCUACUUAUGGUUGUGUUGCACAUAUCUUCGCGUUGCAACAAGAGAUCGUGAGUUUGCAAGAAGAGAUAGAUAUGUUAGGGAGCCAAAUUGCCAACUUCACUGCCGAUAUGGACAACGUUGCAGUGGUCGAGAAUCCAUGUAUAGAGCUUCAAGUCUCGAAACAGUUGAAUGAUUUGGUGAUGAACACAAAUGAUUAUCAAAACGAGUUGCUCUCUCAACUACCGACUUUUGAUGAAGUCGAAACUAAUGAUGCUCAAAUGAUAUCUCCAUUGUUUUGUAUCGGGGAAGAAGAAGGGUUUUUCGGGUGCAACCCAAAUAACGCUAUGGAGAAUUCAGCCUUUGAUGUAUCCGUUGAUGAAAACUUUGCUUAUCUAUGGUAGUUGAUCUUGAUGUAUC